AUGGGCGCAAAUGCCAUCGGGACACAGAAAUAUAACGUGCUUGUAAUUAUUAUAACAGAUAAACAGAAUGCGUUCGACGCGAGUGGCCGAAAGACAUAUGUGAAUGCGUGUGAGAUGCUCGGCGUAGUACCGGUGUCAUACUUCAUGCGUCACAUUGAAGAUGAAGUGGUGAACUUACGGCACCACGGGCUCGGUCCGCACGGUGCUAAGGCGAUGUCUCUACCCUUGGUGGGUAACACAUCUGUCCUUGUCCUAAACCUCGACGACAAUUGGUUAGGAGCCGAUGGUGUAGUUUACAUCAGUGAGAUGCUCAAAGAGAACUGCUACAUAGCCGAUUUGAGUCUGGCGGACAACCGAAUCUGCAGUAAGGGAGCCCAGGCCAUCGCUGAAAUGUUGUUGAUCAAUACUACAGUGAAGAAACUAAAUCUUGCCGGUAAUAUGCUUCAAGACAAAGACGCCGAAUGCCUAUCACAAGCUAUACUGGGAAAUACGCUCCUAAAAGAAGCCAAUUUGUCGAUGAACGGUUUUGGAGCAGAGUCGUCGAAAGCUGUCGCUGAGAUCAUCCGGGUCAACGGUACAUUACGUCAUCUAGACGUGAGCAACAAUCGUUUGCCAGCCGAUGGCAUGGGCGCCAUCGCAAAGGCGCUGGAUGAAAAUGAAAUCCUCAAAGUGCUGAAGGGUCUCGUGAAUAGUGCGACAGAGGAACAGUUUAACAUGCUUCAAGAACAGUUCGAUAGCAAUGCCGUCACAACAGUCGUGCUCGCACAAGCUACCUGCUAA